AAAAAAAAAAAACGACAGCGAACGGGUUUGAAUGGGGAAGAACGAACCGCUAAUAAUAACAAUUCACAAAAACAUGCUGUCGAUCGUGGUUGCCAUGUGCUCGCUCGUAUAGCGAAUGUUUGAUGGAGACGCAGGAAGUUAAUCAUACAGAGGGAGCGGAGUGCAGCGAUGUUCGCGAUCACGCUCGAUUAAGCACCUUCGAUUAGGUGGGCCCCCGUAUCGACCAUGGAGGAGCAUUACGAACGCCCCAUUCAUACAAUGUACGCAGCCGUACCGGUCUACGGUCGUCUGGUUCCGAAUGGUUGGAGGUAUUGUUGUUGUGUUGCGAUGUGCUCCGGGGGCUGGUGGCUACAGUGCCACAUAGCGCCUCUCCGAGACCGGAUAGUAAUGAGCGACAUAGGCGAACACGAUUUAGUGUGUCGUUUAGAUUGGUGCGAGCAUACGAACGUUCGAGCACGUGAGAGCUAGGGUGCGAGAUUUGGAACUUCACCAAGGCAGCCUUACGCCCGGGCGGGUGAUAAUUGCUGGUGCCGCUGAUAAGAUACAGGUUCGUUCGACGUUCGACGAGUUUUGUACCCCGGGCGGGUGGUGGAUUUGUUCAGAGUCCGUUCUGAUUGCGUGAAAGCGCAAUACCUGCUGCUACGAAAACAGAAACGACGAACCGAAUGAAGCUACGGUUGGCACCACUGGUGGCCUGGGCCAUCGUGGCCCUGGUGGCGAUUGGGUCCAGCAGCGUCCAGGGUGAAAACAUUCUCUUCCUGCAGACGAUCUGCUCCAAAAGCCACCACAUCUGGAACCGGCAGAUCUUCGAUCGGUUGUACGAGAACGGCCACAACCUGACGAUACUGUCGUUCGAGCAGGAAGCGUCCGUACCGGGCAAAACGUUCCUGGUGAUGGACGAGUUCCAGCAGAAGCUGAUGGCCAAGUUUGCUGACGCCGCGACGACCGAUUUCUCCUCGUACGAGGGUGCCUUCGGGAACAUCAUGAACGUGUACCAGUACUACGAGGUGUCGAGUGCGCUCCUGGUGGAGGAACCGGCCAUCCAACGGCUGCUGGACUAUCCGCGAUCGUUCCGCUUCGAUCUGAUCGUGCACGACUUUACGAUGGGCCAGUUUCUGCUCGGAUUCGUGCAGCGAUUCGGCAAUCCCCCGCUGGUGUCCGUUUCGGCGUACAACAUUCCCUCGUACACGCAGUACCUCGCGGACAUUCCCCUCUACACCACCUACCUGCCACACCCGGCCUCCAGCUUUGGCUCACGGAUGAGCUUCACCGAGCGGGCCCGAAACACCGCGUACUGGUGGUUCGACAUGCUGUACCGCCAGCAGAUCUUUAUGCCACGGGAAAACCAACGGAUGCAGCGUCUGUUCGAGGGCGGCGACGGCGGUGGCUCGUUGACGCACGUGAAGCUACUCGAGCGGCGCACCGAGCUGGUGCUGGUGAAUAGUGAUCCGGCGCUCGAUUUCUACCAGCUGCUGCCGCCGAAUGUGGUGCAGGUUGGUGGUUUGCACAUCAAGCGGCCGGAGGAGAUGUCACCGAUGAUGAAACAGUUUAUGGCGCGCGCCAACCGGGGAGUGAUACUGUUCAGCUUCGGUACGAACGUGCAGAGUGAAAUGUUGGGACCCGAGGUGAACCGACAACUGUUGGAGCUGUUCCGCAGCAUGCCGGAGUACGGGUUCAUCUGGAAGCAUGGGAAUGCGGAUGGGUUGAUAAUGCCACCGAAUGUGUUGAUGACGCCGUGGGUUCCACAGUCGGCGGUGCUGGCCAGUAGCCGGACCAAGCUGUUGGUCAGCCACGGUGGACUGCUCAGUCUGCAGGAGGCGGCCUGGAAUGGUGUGCCCGUCAUCGGUGUACCGUUCUUUGCGGAUCAGUUCUCGAACGUGCGCCGGCUCGAGCUGUCCGGUACCGGUGUUGGCAUUCCGUCUACCAAGCUAAACGGAGAAACGUUGCGCGAAGCGUUGGAAAAGCUGCUAAACGAUCCGAGCUACCGGAAGCGUGCCAAGGAGCUGUCGGCUCUGUUCCGUGCGCAACCGGAACCACCGCUUGAUCGGGCCAUCUUCUGGAUCGAAAAGGUGAUCGCCAACAAGGGACUGCGGUAUUUGCGUUCGCCGGCGCGCUCGAUGGCGCCGUAUCAGGUGUACGGGCUAGACAUGCUCGCCGUACUGCUGCUGAUCGCACUCGGCUACUAUCUUAUCUUUAAGCGUCACUCGAAACCAGCCACCAGCAGCACCAGCACCCCCGGUAGCCAACAGGGGCCCACAAUGAAACGCAAGGAGGAAUAAACCUGACCAUCUCUCCCCUUCCACCUCCGGCCGGUCACUUGCGACCAUUCCGGAGGGAGAAUGGUGGGAAAAGGCUCAGCAACAGAGA